GUGUGCACGUUUUUGGCCUGUGUGCGACCGCUCUGGUCACUGACAUCAUCCAGCUGUCUACAGGUUACCACGCCCCCUUCUUCCUUACAGUCUGUAAACCAAACUACACGCUGGUCGGCCUCUCGUGCGACAGGAACGCCUACAUCACCAGAGACAUCUGCUCAGGUCAUGAUCAGCACGCUAUCAUGGCCGCCAGGAAAACUUUUCCUUCCCAGCAUGCAACUCUGUCGGCCUUUGCUGCUGUUUAUGUGUCUAUGUAUUUUAACUCCACCAUCUCUGACAGCACCAAGCUGCUCAAACCCGUCCUGGUGUUUGCGUUCGCAAUCGCUGCAGCGCUGACAGGUCUGACUCAGAUCACACAGCACCGCAGUCACGCUAUCGACGUGUACGUGGGCUUCCUCAUCGGAGCCUUCAUUGCUGCUUACCUG